AUGCUGGUCCCUCCAAGGUGUAGCCUACGUCGUGAUUGGGCUUCGUUCACCUACACAGCCGAGAGCUUUAUGCCUUACCUCUUCGUUUCCUGGUGCCAUGGGUUAGCAAACAACGGCAUGACAGACGAGCAACGAGCAACGCUUAGCCGAGAUUCCGACGAGUACAAAAUGCGAGUUAACGGAGCCAAGCUGAACGUCUCCGGCCUUCUCUUGUAUACCACCCUUCUUUGGCUGCUUAAAGGUUGUUGGACAGUGUAUUACACACGCCUAACAGCCGGCAUUUACUUUAUGCAUCGCUGGAUGAUUGGCGCCUACAUCAUCAUGCCCCUGACUUACAUCGCCUGUGUAUGUGUCGCCCUCCUCCAAUGUGUCCCCCUUCACCGACAGUGGCAGAUCUACCCCGACCCGGGCAACCACUGCCAACCGGCGAUAUCAGUUCUGCAGACGGUUUUCGUCAUGGUCAUGAACACCGCCACGGACUUUUAUCUUCUCGGUAUUCCCGUGCCUAUGCUCUGGAAGUCGAAUCUGCCCUGGUCGCAGAAAUUGGUGCUAUUCAUCAUGUUCAGUGGCGGAUUUCUGGAAAUGACAUUUGGGAUUAUGCGAGACGGCAAGCUGACUCACCUCAAGAAGGGAAAUAGGGACCCCGCGCAAACAGGCUACUGGUCUGUCCGCGAAUCUUUUGUCUCCUUUGUUCUGACCAACAUGCCCAUGGUGUAUCCGCUGAUCAGGCGGUCGGUACUUCGCGCCGUCUACUCCUUCGGCGGCUGGUUAUGCCCAGGAAGCGGGACAAACACCACCACCGACAAAAAUGACAACAGUAUCGGAUCAAACGGAGUCAUGCUCGCCCGAUAUAGAUCUCCAUAUCCCAUAGACAGCCCAAUGUUCCCACCAACCCACCAAGGUUCAUCACACAGAUGGGGUCCCAAUCCCGAUCCGAUCUUCCCGAUACCCGGCAGCGAGACCUUUUGGGUAAGCACGACAGAUGAGGAGGGUACUACCGGCACCGGCACUACCGACACUACCGGCACUACCGGCACCGGACCACCAGGUAGCGGAGAGGACAUCUCUAGAAAGGAUACGAUCCCGACGGCGGCAAAUCGGAGUGGUGGGAUGGUGAGCUUUAGGUCAACCUGCGACAGUCCUGCUCGGAGUAGAAACGACUGUGGACGGCCCAACUUGACGAUACAGACAGCAGCUUCGCCAUACCUUGGGGUGGUCACGUCGGUGGAGAGUUCGGGCAUGAUUGCGGAGCAGCCCCAUCAUGGUUGGUGCUCGUGUGAGAGUAGUAGUCACAGUGUAAGCAACGGCACGCCGGGAAGUGUUAUGGCGAUUGUAGUCACGAGAGAGGUCAGUAUUGUGAGGGAGGAGGGGGUGGUUCCCCCUAGGCAGAUUACCCCUGGGUUGCCACCGACCCCUGGGUUACCACCGCCGGCUGAGCUAAUGGAAUGGAGGGGGUCCACACAAGCCAUUGAUCAUUGUUGA